AUGCACCCGACCAUCGAGACGAUCGACAAUGUAGAAGAUUCGGCUCAGACCGGCUUACCUUCAACCGAGCCGAUGAUCUCCAGCUUGAAGGAAGACCGAAGAGAUGAACAAGAAGAUUCAGACCGGUCGAUGGAGAUCGGCUGUUCGUCUGCCGACUCGCUCUCCCUCUUCAGGUCCUUCUCCAUGCCCAUCCAUAUCUCCUCGACCACUGGCUCUGACCAGGAAGAGUCACUCGACCAGGCCCAGGAGGACGUCAAUCAGGACGAGGAAGAUGAGGACUUUGACGAGCUCCUGACCACUCCCACCUCCCAACUCCAAUUACACGACCCAUCCAGUUACCCUUCUUAUCAAUCGAGUGGCCAAAGGCUAUUAUCAUGUUCACUUCCGCCAUCGCUCAGCAGUCAAAAGAGCAAUGGAUUAGAUAUCCAUCAAGAGUAUCCAUUGAACGAGUUACUUCAACUCACUCAGCCGAUGAGAGAAGGCGUGAUUUCUCGGGAAAGACUCUUGCCCUCAUCCAGGAUGAAGCAAGUUGGGAUAGGCGGACGAGGCCGUCGAGACUUCUCGAACCAACGAAACCCAGGUUGUUCCUCACCAUUUGCGAACCAUCUCUCGAGCGCAGGGGCCGAAUGGUCCUCUACUUCGCCCACUAAACCCGACCAAGCCAGCUGGUCUCCCGCCUCAUCUUGCUCGCCUUUACCCUCCUCUACCUUCAACCAUCUUAGCUCCAGCCUCGGUGGUAGUUCUGCUAACAGUCAGCCAAUCCUCGUCACCCCUCAGUUCGCUAGUCCUACCCCGCUCGUCAGACCUAGACCUAUUGCCGCUUGGCAGAAACCUCAUGGUUCUUGGUCUUUUGGUUCUUCAUGA